GCAGCCCCGCGCCCGCCGCUCGCUGCUGGAGCAGCUUUGUGCCGCGGCGCGGGGGACGGGACGCGGGGCGCGGAGCCGGCGGGCGCAGCCUCGGCAUGGACGUCACCGUCUCGGAGCUCCUGGAGCUCUUCCUGCAGAGCCCCUUGGUGACCUGGGUGAAAACUUUUGGCCUGAUCGGAAGCGGCAACCAGGACAACCUGAGUAUGUACAUGGAGUUAGUGGACGGCAUCUUUUUGAACCAAAUCAUGUUGCAAAUAGAUCCCAGGCCGACGAACCCACGCAUCAAUAAGCACGUCAACAACGACGUCAACCUUCGCAUUCAGAAUCUGACCAUCCUGGUGAGAAACAUUAAGACCUACUACCAGGAAGUUCUCCAGCAGCUGAUCGUAAUGAAUUUGCCCAAUGUUUUGGUGAUUGGCAAAGACCCGCUGUCUGGGAAGAGUAUGGAGGAGAUUAAGAAGGUGUUGCUGCUGGUGCUGGGCUGUGCCGUGCAGUGUGAGAGGAAAGAGGAGUUUAUUGAAAGGAUCAAACAGCUGGACAUUGAGACCCAGGCCGGGAUCGUGGCUCACAUCCAGGAGGGUGCCCUGUGUCAUGGGAUGAGAUUUCUCCUAAUUCUCAGAGAUCAGCUGUACCCAGUCGUGUCCUUUGUAAGGUGGGGACAGGUGACCCACAACCAGGAGAACGUGUUUGACUUGCAGUGGCUGGAACUGCCAGAUGUGGCCCCAGAGGAGCUAGAGGCCCUCUCGAGGAACAUGGUGUUCCACCUCCGGAGGCUCAUCGAUGAGCGGGACGAGUGCACAGAGCUGAUCGUGGACCUGACGCAGGAACGUGACUACCUGCAGGCACAGCAUCCCCCCAGCCCCAGCAAGUCCUCCAGUGCCGACUCCACCCCUAGCCCCACCAGCAGCCUCUCCGGCGAAGACAAGCAGCACCUGGCUGUGGAGCUGGCCGACACCAAGGCCCGGCUGCGGCGCGUCCGGCAGGAGCUGGAGGAGAAGACAGAGCAGCUUGUGGACACCAGACACGAGGUAGAUCAGCUGGUGCUGGAGCUGCAGAAAGUCAAGCAGGAGAACAUCCAGCUGGCUGCGGACGCCCGUUCUGCACGUGCCUACCGAGAUGAACUGGAUUCCCUGCGGGAGAAGGCGAACCGCGUGGAGAGGCUGGAGAUGGAGCUGGUUCGCUGCAAAGAGAAGCUGCACGACGUGGACUUCUACAAGGCUCGCAUGGAGGAGCUGAGAGAAGAUAAUAUCAUUUUGAUUGAAACCAAAGCCAUGCUGGAGGAACAGCUGACUGCCACCCGGGCCCGGGGCGAUAAAGUCCAUGAGCUGGAGAAGGAGAACCUGCAGCUGAAAUCUAAACUUCACGACCUGGAAUUGGACCGGGACACAGACAAGAAACGAAUCGAGGAGCUGCUGGAAGAAAACAUGGUCCUCGAGAUUGCACAGAAGCAGAGCAUGAACGAAUCCGCCCACCUUGGCUGGGAGUUGGAGCAGCUGUCCAAGAAUGCAGACCUGUCCGACGCCUCCAGGAAGUCCUUCGUGUUUGAGCUGAACGAGUGUGCCUCCAGCCGCAUCCUGAAGCUGGAGAAGGAGAACCAGAGCCUGCAGAGCACCAUCCAGGGCCUGCGGGAGGCGUCCCUGGCGCUGGAGGAGAGCAGCUUCAAGUGCGGGGAGCUGGAGAAAGAGAACCACCAGCUCAGCAAGAAGAUUGAAAAGUUACAAACCCAGCUGGAGAGAGAAAAGCAGAGCAACCAGGAUUUGGAGACCCUCAGCGAGGAGCUGAUCAAAGAGAAGGAGCAGCUUCAGAGUGACAUGGAGACCCUGAAGGCAGACAGAGCCAGGCAGAUCAAGGAUCUCGAGCAGGAGAAGGACCACCUCAACCACGUGGUGUGGUCGCUGCGCGAGAGGUCGCAGGUCAGCAGUGAGGCCCGCGUGAGGGACGUGGAGAAGGAGAACAGAGCCCUGCACCAGACGGUGACAGAGGCCAGCAGCAAGCUCAGCCAGCUGGAGUUCGAGAAGCAGCAGCUGCACAAAGACCUCGAGCAGGCCAAGGAGAAGGGGGAGCGGGCGGAGAAGCUGGAGCAGGAGCUGCAGCGGCUGGAGGAGGAGAACGAGCGGCUGGCCCAGAAGGUGACCUCCCUGCAGACGGCCACUGAGAAAGUUGAGGCCCUGGAGCAUGAGAGCCGGGGUCUGGAGCUGGAGAACCAGACACUGCGGAAGUCUCUGGACACCCUGCAGAACGUGUCCGUGCAGCUCGAGGGCCUGGAGCGGGACAACAAGCAGCUGGACGAGGAGAACCUGGAGCUGCGCAGGAUGGUGGAGGCCAUGCGCUUCACGAGCACCAAGAUGGCACAACUCGAGCGGGAGAACCAGCAGCUGGAGCGCGAGAAGGAGGAGCUGCGGAAGCGUGUGGAGCUGCUGAAGGCCCUGAGCAAGAAGUCGGAGCGCCUGGAGCUCAGCUACCAAAGCGUGAGCGCCGAGAACCUCCGGCUGCAGCAGAGCCUGGAGAGCAGCGGCCACAAGUCGCAGGCCCUGGAGAGGGAGCUGGCCGAGCUGGAGGCGGAGCGCCAGGCCCUGCAGCGGGACCUGGAGGCCCUCCGGCUGACCAGCAAGCGGCUGGAGAGGGCCGAGCAGGACAGGAAGGCCCUGGAGCAGGAGGUGGCCCAGCUUGAGAAGGACAAGAAGCUGCUGGAGAAGGAGGCCAAGCGGCUGUGGCAGCAGGUGGAGCUGAAGGACGCGGUGUUGGACGACAGCACCGCCAAGCUGUCUGCUGCCGAGAGGGAGAGCCGCGCGCUGGACAAGGAGCUGGCCCGCUGCAGAGACGCGGCCAGCAAGCUGAAGGAGCUGGAGAAGGACAACAGGGACCUCACCAAGCAAGUCACCGUGCACACGAGGACACUGACCACCUUGAGAGAGGACCUGGUGCUGGAGAAGCUGAAGAGCCAGCAGCUGACCAGUGAGCUGGACAAACUGAGCCAGGAGCUGGAGAAGGUUGGCCUCAACAGGGAGCUGCUGCUGCAGGAGGACGAUCACAGCGGCAGUGACACAAAAUACAAGCUUUUGGAGGGCAGAAAUGAUUCCGCGUUAAAAACGACACUGGCCAUGAAAGAAGAAAAGAUUGUGUUCUUAGAAGCGCAGAUGGAAGAGAAAGUGAGCCUGAACCACCAGUUGCAGAAUGAGCUCCAGAUGCUGAAGGAGGAGUGUGAGACCCUCAGGCAGAACCAGGGAGAGGGAAAGCACGUGCAGAACUCUUUCAAACUCCCUGUGGGCAAGUUGGUCACCAGUCACCAGGGGAAGGACACCUGGGGACCCAGCCACAAGGAAGCCACGAUGGAGCUGCUUCGCGUCAAGGACCGGGCCAUCGAGCUGGAACGGAAUAAUGCAGCUCUGCAGGCGGAGAAGCAGCUGCUCAAGGAACAGCUGCAGCACUUGGAGACCCAGAACGUGGCCUUCAGCAGUCAGAUCCUAACGCUGCAGAAACAGAGCGCCUUCCUGCAGGAGCACAACACCACGCUGCAGACGCAGACGGCCAAGCUGCAGGUGGAGAACUCCACUCUGAGCUCGCAGAGCGCCGCGCUCACCGCGCAGUACACGCUGCUGCAGAACCAGCACGCGGCCAAGGAGAACGAGACCGAGAGCCUGCAGAAGCAGCAGGAGCAGCUGGCGGCGGCCUACGAGGCCCUGCUCCAGGACCAUGAGCACCUGGGCGCGCUCCAUGAGCGGCAGUCGGCUGAGUACGAGGCCCUCAUCCACCAGCACAGCUGCCUGAAGACGCUGCAUCGGAACCUGGAGCUGGAGCACAAGGAGCUGGAGGAGAGGCAUGGUGACAUGCUGAAGCACAAGGCAGAGCUGGAGGAGCUGGAGAAGGUCUUGAGCACAGAGCGGGAGGCCCUGCAGCAAGAGCAGAGGACCAGCGCCGUCGCCGCGGCCGAGAACCAGAGGCUGCGGGGAGAACUGGACAGGGUCAGUUUCCUGCACCACCAGCUGAAGGGGGAAUACGAGGAGCUGCACGCCCACACCAAGGAACUGAAAACCUCGUUGAACAACUCGCAGCUGGAGCUGAACCGCUGGCAGGCCCGGUUCGACGAGCUGAAGCAGCAGCACCAGAGCAUGGACAUCUCGCUGACCAAGCUGGACAACCACUGUGAGCUGCUCUCCCGUCUCAAGGGGAACUUGGAGGAAGAAAAUCAUCACCUGUUGAGCCAGAUCCAGCUGUUGAGCCAGCAGAACCAGUUGCUUCUGGAACAGAACAUGGAGAACAAGGAGCAGUACCACGAGGAGCAGAAGCAGUACAUAGACAAAUUAAAUGCCUUACGGAGACAUAAGGAAAAACUGGAAGAGAAAAUCAUGGAUCAGUACAAGUUCUAUGAUCCUGCUCCAAAAAAGAAGAACCACUGGAUUGGAGCCAAAGCCUUAGUCAAACUCAUCAAACCAAAGAAGGAGGGUUCAAGAGAGCGGUUAAAAUCAGCUGUGGACACCCCUCCCUGGCAGCCGGAGUCCUCAGACCCCUCCUCGCCGUCAGCCUCUCAGCCUCUCCGAUCACAGCCAGAGAACCCUGACACCCCCAUGUUGGGCUCGAACUGUGCAGAAGAACACGACACCCACAACGGGCCUGUGGGGAAAGGCCCUGGGGAUCUAAAAGCAAAACGAGGGUCCCCACACGGAGGCAGCCUUGACCGCACAGAUCCCUCCGCUGACCUAGCCACAAAGUCUUGGCCCUCAGAGCUGGGCUCCCGGACCUGUUCAACCUCGGCCAUCACUACAACCCCUUCCAGCUCCACCCCCACCUCCCGGCACCCAGGCCGCACCAAAGGCUAUAGUUCAGAAGACAACCUCUGCGAGCCUUCCCUGGAGCUCGAGUGCACCAACCACAGGCAAUACGUGUCACGGCCAAGUAGCUUAGAGAGCAGUAGAAAUACAUCCAGCAACAGCUCACCUCUUAACCUAAAAGGUUCCUCCGACCAGCUCCACGGCCGGUCCGAGAGCUUCAGCAGCGAAGACCUGAUCCCCAGCAGGGACUCGGUCACUCUGCUGCGGGACACCAGCACCCCGGGACGCACAGCCCUCGGCCGCCAUGAGUAUCCCCCACCUCGGAAUGGGCCUCUCCCCCAGGAGGGUGCCCAGAAGAGGGGUGCGGCCCCACCCCACACAGGCACACGGCCCUGCUCAGCCUCCCCCAGCAGCGAGAUGGUCACCUUGGAGGAAUUCCUGGAGGAGAGCAAUCGGAGCUCCCCCACCCAGGACACUCCCAGUUGCUGGGAUGACCUGCUAAGUGACUACUUCCGAAAGGCCAGUGAUGCCCCGGCCGUCGGAGGCCAGCCAGGACCGCCCACCAGCUUUGUGGCCCCCACCAUCAAGGUGGCCGUCAACACCUCUGAAGGGAGGCUGCUGAAGCCUGGGCAGCAUGUGAAGCCAAACAUCAGACCGGCUGAGGCCGAGACCCCACCCAGUGCCCCCUCAAGACAGGCCCAGCCUCCCCAGAGCCUGUCUCUGGGCAGAACCAGGCAAGCCACCAUGCCCCCAACGUCCCACACACCUGCCAGCCGGAGUGCGUCCCUGAGCCGGGCCUUCAGCCUGGCCUCAGCUGACCUUCUCCGGGCCAGCGGGCCAGAGGCCUGCAAACAGGAGUCCCCUCAGAAGUUGGGGGGUCCUGAGGCCUCAGGGAGCAGAGAGACCGGAAGCCACACCGUGCAAAGCCCCGCAUCCCCCAGCUCGCACAGCCUGCUCCGGGAGCGGACCCCACUGGUGGGGAAGGCUGGCGGUUCCUGUCAGGGCCCAGGGCCGCGCAGCCGGCCGCUGGACAUGCGGCGCUUCUCACUGGCUCCCCCAAAAGAAGAGAGGCUGGCCCCCCUGCAGCAGUCCGCCACGGCCCCGGCCAUCGCCACCACAGGUAGUGGCGUCAGCAGCUGCCCGUCCCAGCACUUCUCACCUGCCGCAGUCCCAGCUGCCAGGACCAAGCCCAAGGUGCCCCCACACUCGGGGGAGGUGGCCACCAUCACCCCUGUCCGGGUGGGGCUCAGCCUCUCAGAGGGAGACGGGGUCCCAGGGCCAGCCCAUGGCGAGGGGCUCCCAGCCAAGAGCCCACGUAGGUCUCCAGACUCAGUCCCCCAUGCCAGCCGGGGCCCUGAGGACUUCAGUCGAGGGAGCAGCUCCAAGAGCACGCCAGUGUCCCCGGAGCCAGGUGGGGACCAGCAGACUGUGUGGUAUGAAUACGGCUGUGUGUGAUUGUGUCAUGGAUCAGCAGCUCCCGAACCUUCCAACUACUGACGCGCCUUCUGACUCCUGUGGCCUUUUCCCCGGCUCGCCUGUGGUACCGGCCAAGGUUUAGAAGGAAGAAAGGGAUUCCCAGGCUUUUCUCCUGUUUGUUUUGCAAAUGAAAACACUGUGCCAAGCCCUGAGAGGAUCACACUCCCAGGUGUGUAACGUGUCUUCUGAAUCUGCAGCUUCCAGCAGCCGAUAGCUCCCGAACAAGUCCACUUCAGGGGACAGCUUAGGAUGCAAUGACAAAACUGACCUACCCCAAAGCAGACACUAUUUGAGGGUGCCCCGGUAGAACACUCAUUUGCAACUUGUUGACCUCCAUUAAAGAGUGUGCGCCCAUACACACUCACACACACACGCACACACAUGCACACACACGAUGGGCUCACAAGGCUAAGCCCUGGUGGGUCUAGAAACUCUACUGCCCCUCCCAAAUGCUACUCGAUCCUAGGAGAAGCCCCCGGCCAAACUACCAUGAUCUUGGAGCCUUGGGCAGACCCCAGAGUCAAGCUUGCUGUUAAAAAGCAGGAGUACUGCCACUCCAGGUCCCAAGCACGUCCCUUCACCGCAGGGCCCAGGGCGGCCUCAGGCAUGUGCCUCUCUCCUCCAGCUGGCUCCUGGGCUCUGCACAGUGGGCUCUGAGGGCCACAUGGGGACCUACCUUCCUAGCCCUUCCCUGGCUCACUUUUCUGCAAGCACUGGAUCUGCCAGGCCUGGAGGGCGGGCAGGGCAGAGAGAUGACGAUGCCCCCCAGCCCCCUCCCAGUGAGUGUACAUAGCGCCCAGAGGGGACACCUGUGCACGAGCAAGGUGCACACUUGUUUUGUCUCGUGGCUACACUGUCCGACUUCCCCCCCUCUCAGACGGGGUGUUGAUUUAUUACUUCUGAGUAACUUUUUAGGGUGGAAACCAAAUUUCUUUUAAUAUAUUACGUAUAUAUGUACACACUCAUGUGAAAUAUGUAUAACUUGAGAAGGGGCCUAUUUAUGUUCCAUUGGGAGUUCUUUUCUAUCAGGAAUCUUACCUGCUGCUUUGUGUAUUUGGUCAGAUUCCUGACACAUUGUUUCCUGUUGUAAAGGUGCUUUUCCUGGGGUUACUAAACCUGUUGAAUUUUUUUUUUUUUUUUUUUUAAGAUUUUUCCUUUUGAUUUAAUAUACUGAGAAAGAAACGGGAGACUUCUGAAUGUUAACAGGAUCCAUUUUAGGAGUGUUUUGAGUUGUGUGUUAAAUAGCCAUUCAUUCUGGAACACAAAGACAGGAUUGUAAUAAAGUGGAAUGGAGUAGAAGCGA